CACCCCUUCACUCCCUCCUGUCUCUCCCCACUGCCCACCUCCCCGUUCCCUUCCCCAGACUCUCCAAUCUUAUUUCCCUGUUAUGCUCUGGUAGUGUUCAGUGUGUGUACAUGGAGUCCUGGAAGCCAGAGGUCGCCGGGUGUCAUACCCUCAUUCACCCUGGGGAGCCUGGCCCCCGUGGAUCUACCACCCUCGGCUCUGAGAACAUGCCCUUCCUCUUUCAAGACCAACCAUUCAAAUCUCCUCGUAGGACUCUUUACCCAGGAGAGAGGGGGUGGCUUCUUCUUAACGCACCUCCCUUCAGGGGGCACCUAUGCAUUUGCAAAAAUUACAUUCUGUAGUUUCUUUCCCACCCACCUCUCUCUCUCUCUGUUUCUUUCCUUCAUCUCUCCAUCCUUUUCCUCCCUUUCUCCUGAAGAUGCAGGACUCCCGGGGCCAAUCCUAAGAGAAGUGCCUGGUCCUACCAGUGGGAUGGAAGGGCUGGAAGGCCCCUCUACAGACACACUCACUCACUCAAACCGACUUCCCCUUUCCUCCCCCCACUCUCAGGCUGCCUCCCUAGUGGUAGGUGCUCAAGGAAUCACAAGGUUCUAGGCUCUAAAUUAAGAUCCAAGAAAAGCCUGGAGCUGUGGGCAGAGGAACUGAGAAGGAGGAAAGCCAGAGAAGCAGAAGUAGACCCUGGAGAGGGAGGUGACAGGGACCUGGAAGUUGUAGAUGGGCUGGGGGCUAGUCAGGAAACCACUCUGGGAGUUUUUUCCCCAAAGGAUGCUAGGAAGCAAUGGAUCCUGGGUGGUAGCAGCAUGGCUGGCAGGUGGGCAGCCUGGGAGGGGAGAUGGAGGUAGAAUUGGCAAAUCGAUGAGCCAGAAAUGCACACAGGGCAAGGUUGUGCUGUGACGACCCGCUUUUCCCCCCAGUAAAGGCUGAAAAUCUAGGUCUCAGCUGAGGAAGACCUCAGACAUGGAGUCCAGGAUGUGGCCUGCACUGCUGCUGUCCCACCUCCUCCCUCUCUGGCCGCUGCUGUUGCUGCCCCUCCCACCGCCUGCUCAGGGCUCCUCCUCCUCCCCUCGAACCCCACCAGCCCCAGCCCGCCCCCCAUGUGCCCGGGGUGGCCCCUCAGCCCCACGCCACGUGUGCGUGUGGGAGCGAGCACCUCCACCAAGCCGAUCCCCUCGGGUCCCAAGAUCACGUCGGCAAGUCCUACCAGGCACUGCACCCCCUGCCACUCCAUCGGGCUUUGAGGAGGGGCCGCCCUCAUCCCAGUACCCCUGGGCUAUUGUGUGGGGUCCCACAGUGUCUCGAGAGGAUGGGGGGGACCCCAACUCUGCCAAUCCUGGAUUUCUGGACUAUGGCUUUGCAGCCCCCCAUGGGCUGGCUACACCACACCCCAACUCAGACACCAUGCGGGGUGAUGGAGGUGAGCUCAUCCUUGGAGAAGCACCUGCCACCCUGAGGCCGUUCCUGUUCGGAGGCCAUGGGGAAGGUGUGGACCCUCAGUUGUAUGUCACAAUUACCAUCUCCAUCAUCAUCGUUCUCGUGGCCACUGGCAUCAUCUUCAAGUUCUGCUGGGACCGCAGCCAGAAGCGGCGCAGGCCAUCAGGACAGCAAGGUGCCCUGAGGCAGGAGGAGAGCCAGCAGCCACUGACAGACCUGUCCCCAGCCGGAGUCACUGUACUGGGAGCCUUUGGAGACUCGCCUACCCCCACCCCUGACCAUGAGGAGCCCCGAGGGGGACCCCGGCCUGGGAUGCCCCAGCCCAAGGGGGCUCCAGCCUUCCAGUUGAACCGGAUUCCCCUGGUGAAUCUGUGAUGCUCCCCAAUGUUGGGGUGCUGCCAAGCAGGAGGCUAAGGGGCCGGAAUAGCCCCCAUCCCACUGGGGGUGGGGCAGCUGUGAGGAGCUGGGGCCACAGGUGCUCCUGGCUUCUGCCCUUGCACACCACCCUGGAACAUUCCCUGGCCCCAUGGGCAGUCCUACCUGAUCGCCCUUCUGGAGGUGGGGGCCUCACAUAUUUGUGACUUUGGGUCCCUCAUCCCCAUCCUUGCACACUCACAUGAAAGCCUUGCACACUCACCUUCACCCUCACAGGCAUUGCACACUCGUGCUUUUGUAUGGCCGGUCUUCUGCACCCUCUCCCCAUCCACAUCUCUCCGCUCAGCUGAUCUCUCACGUUCUCCCUCGUUUCGCAUUUUCACUCUCCCUCCCACAUUCUGUGCUCAGCUCAGUCACUGAGUGGUCAGUGUUUCAUGCACAUUUUACCUCUCACGUGUGUUUCCCAGCCCAGUGUUUUGGUGUUGCGUGGUGUGCCACUCUCUCCCCCAUUAACACCCACUGAUCUAGUUUCUGUGGCCCCUGCAUGCUUCCUCAGAGGUGGGUGGGAGGUGAGUGGGGGCUCCUUGUGCUCUCAUCUGUCACGGUCUCGUCCCAUCCCAUGUCAUGUGUUUCACUGUCUCCCCUAUCCCACUCCAAGGGCGCUGGCAUCACACUGAGGGCUCCCCCAUGGGAAUGGGGGUAGUGAGGCCCCAACUUCUCCCCCACCACUCUGGUAAAUUCUGUUGUCUGAGAGAUGGGUUUUGGGGGAAUCGCCUGCUGCACUACAUGAGAAAGGAACUCUUGUUUGUCCUUCCCUUCCUCCUAAGUCUCUUUUGUCUUGUCUGUCCUGGCUGUCUGUGUGUCACUCUUUGGAAUUCAGAGCCCCCUGAGCCAGUCCUCUACUUCCCAGCCUCCCUUAGGGUCUCCCUAACUCCACCCAGGCUGCCAGGGACUGGAGCCAGCUGGUUCAAGGCCAUCAGGAGUUCUGCUUCCAAAUCUACCCUUCCAUUCCUGAGCUCCCUCAUGUCCUCUCCUGUCCUUCCUUCCUUCUUCCACUCUCUCUCCUCCUGCCUCUCCACCCUUUCCUUCUCAGGUUCUUCCCUACUUCUCACUGGUUUUUCCACCUUCCUUCUUUCCCUCUUAUCUGGCUCCUAUGCUGUGAUAUAUAUUUUUGUAUUAUCUCUUUCUUCUUGUGGUGAAACUCUUGAAUUCUUGUGGGAUGUAAGUUUCAAAAUUUUCAAAUAAAGCCUUUGCAAGAUA